UCUUCAUUUGUCAAAACAAACAUGGAGUCCCGCUGAAGACGACGAUCUCUUUCCUUAUAAGUCGCUUUUAUCUCCAAAUCAAUCACAAUGCCAGGGACAACACCAAAGACAGUCCAAGAGGAUGAAAUGGCCAAAGCAAAGAUUCUCGUAAACACACUAAAAGAGAAGGGUAUAACAUUACUUGCUAUAGAUUUUGACCGUACAAUAGUGUCUGUGCACACGGCGGGAGCAUGGCGGAGAGGAGCCGAGACUUUGGCAGAGUACGUGCGUCCCUGCUUCAAAGCAGCACUUAAAGCAGCCUUAGCUGAGACUUUAAUCCACGUCUGCGUGGUUACCUACUCCCAGCAGCCUGAGUUGAUCAGGGAAGUGCUCAAACAUGCCUUGCCACAUAGGCAAGGAGCAGCAUAUAGCAUCAGUGGUGACUGAGCUCUAUAACAGAUACCACCUAAUGGUAAAACCAGGGGAAAUUCUGCUCUUUGACGAUGACUUAGAGAAUGUCAAGAUUGCUGUGGAGU